UUCAGACACAUAUAAAAUGUGGAUUUUAAAAACGAAGCUUAAAGGUUCAGCAGCAAGUUGCAUUGCAAAUUUGCAAUCAACUUCAACAAAUUUCAAUGUGGCCCGGAAUCUUUUAAACGAAAGAUUUACGAAUAAAAGAUUGCUGGCAAAUACAUAUUUUAAAAAUAUCUUAGAAACACCAGUGGUGAUUGGGACUGCUUUCAGCAUACGAUCGUUUCAGGAAAAGCUUUCUGAAAGUGCACAAGCUUUAGGAACUCUCGGCUUGUCCAAUGAAGAAAUGUUACAAGCACUAUUGUGUUAUAUACUUGUACAAAAAUUGGACAACAAUCUAAGAUUAAGAUAUGAGAAUUCAUUGACGAAUUCUAUGGAAAUACCAGACCUUGAUUCACUACAAAAAUUUCUGAAUCACGAACGAAAUGCCUUGGAAGCAGCACAAAGUUCAGUGUUGUCAUCUAAACCGCAAAAAGUACUUAAAAGGUGCACAAUGGGAUGCAACCCUUCCCACCCUAUUUUUUAUUGUCAGAAAUUUAAUAUAUAUAUAUAUUUAGAAUUUAAUACCCAAGGAAGAUGGGACAAAGUAAUUUUAAAUAAAUUAUGCAGCAAGUUUUUAAGGCCUGGGCACAGUGUUAAAGAAUGUAAGAAUAAUAAUUGUAGAGCAUGUGAUGGUAUUCAUUAUUAUAUGCUUCACAAAGAAAACGAAAAGCAGCCAAAAGCAAACAGUGUGAUUGUGAAAUCAAAGCAGGAGCAUACCAAAAAUAAAUAUCGCUUCCAAAACAGCGUCCUAGGAUGGCAUAUAUAUCGAUCAGUCAAUAAAGAAUCAAAUUUAGUUCAUUGUGUCGUCGUUACUCAUACAGGAAAAUUCAUAAAUGACCAGUUAAGGAAAUUUUGGGAAAUCGAAGCCAUCGAAAAUAAGAUGGUUGGUCAAACCAUUGAGGAAAGAAAAUGUGAGGAACACUUUGAAAUCGAUGCAGAUGGUAACUUUAUAGUAGGCCUUCCAUUGAAAGCAGAAGACGUAGACAUAGGAGAUUCAUCUUUGCAUGCAAAAAGACGAUUUUUUUCUCUUUAG